AAUAAUGCCUGAGCUAUGCAUUUCCUCCUCUAUCAGCACCAAAGAAGAAUUUCUUACCAAGAAGUCAAAAAUAUACAACAACCAACCUGGUUCAACCCAACCCAUUGGUGCAAGGAGCAAGCUUUUGUGAUCAAUCAUUUUUUGGAUUGUGAAGAAUCACAGAACCAUGCUGGUGAUCCUGUUGGAGAUGACUACAAAAAGAUGGGAACACUUUUUGGUGAGCUGAACAAAAACCUUAUCAACAUGGGCUUUACGAGGAUGUACCUUGGAGAACGGAUUGUGGAACCAGUGAUCAUCAUUUUCUUUUGGGCUAUGCUGUGGUUCCUUGGCCUACAAGCCUUUGGACUAGUUGCUGUUCUUUGCCUUGUCAUUAUUUAUGUACAACAUUAAAAUAUGGCCGAAUGAGCUGUUGGGCGACAUUUGGUAGCCAUAUAAAAAAUAAUUAGUGAAGUUAUAUAUUUCACUACAUGAAAGCCAAAAAAGUUUGCCUUGUUUCAAAUUGUGUGCUGUUUUAUAAUAUAAUUAUAAGUGGAUAUUGUUUAAAAUAAAACUCAACUCUUGAUUAUAACAGGGUUCAAUAUACAUCUUGUAGCUUAUUCAAAACUUUUGUUUUAAUCCUAUAAUCUGUGCCCAUUUUUAAAUAUCCCUAUUUCCAUGCCAAAUCUUAAAUACCACCACCAAGUGAGCAGGGAAAAUAACAGGAUAUGGAGUUCAAAGUGGGCAAUAUAGGUCUAAUAAAGACCUCCAGUAAAAUAUGUUAGAAGAAAAAUGAUGAAACAAUAAGCUAAAAAUAAGUUGUACUUGGGGAAUUUCUCCCUACCCACUCCCACCAAAUAACCCCAUAUUAUUUGGGAAAUAAUUUGGACUUCUAUUGUCCCUGCUCAGCCCAAACCAUUGUAUAUGAUAAUUACUAUACACUACCUUAACGUUUUUAUGAAAAUCAGUAAAGUUAGCACAUCUUCUACAGAUUGACAAUAAUAUAUUUAUUAUUGCUUGGGAAACUUCCCAAAUUAAAUAUAACUUUUUUACAAUGAAACAUGUGGGCCUGAAAUCACUUCAGUAUAUCAUUUGAAGUUUUAGAUAAUUUUUGGUGCUAAUUACUUUUUGUGAGUUUUUAAAGUCUCUAAGCCAGAUCCAUAGUUAGUUGUACCCCAUAGUAAUGCUAUAUUUUCUUGUACCUAACAAGUUGCAUAUUUUUUCCUAGAGAGAGACAUUUGCAGUGUUUUUGUUUUUUCAAAAUUAAUAUUUUAUAGUUCUUUUAUAAAAAUUAUUCUAAGACUUUAAAAAUCAAUUUAUCUUGGCAAGAAUUACUUCCCCCCCCCAAAAAAAAAUUGAUUUGUAUUAUAGCUGAAAUACUUAACUAUUGUUUUGAGGGGUGGGGGAUCAGUUCAUUUCUUUGAUAUAUGUAUUGGAAAUUACAGUAUUACAGAAUAAAAACCAAAUGUUUAAGUGGAA